AUUAAAAAUUGGUUCGAUGAAAGUAUUUGUGUGAGUGCAUAAGCCAUACUGUGUACUUAGUACAGUGAAAAAAAAAAGAUUUUCGGUGUGUGUAUGGAACAUAAUAAUAACACGGAACGUUUAUUUCUAAAACGACGACAAAACAAUAGUAAUAAUCGAAUACCAAUGAAAGCAGCAGAGUAAACGAGAAAGACAACAAGGAAUAGGAAAAAAAACAUACAAAGCAUCUUUGACUAAAUAAAAACAUAUGAAUAUAAUUAUUUUUGGUAUCAAUCGUAAUGUGACUAGUUUUAUCAAGACUUCAAGUUAAAUACUUGCAUUUUAUGACCAUUGUGUAAAUAGCUUUAAUAUUUUUUUGGGAUUGGCAUUACAAUGGCGAUUGAGUGAGGAAAAAUAAAUGUGUAAAUUUAAAAAAAAGUGUAGUUACAAUUACGUUUCUAUUUUUCUUAUGUAUUUGAAAUGUCACUCUGUGCAUGAGAGCGUUGUACUGCUUGUUUCUAUUUUGUUAAACUUAAAUUGAAUGGAUACCAAAAAUCGAUUUAUUCGAUUGUCAAUUGGAAUGCAAUUUUAUUAAUUUGUGGUUCCAUAAUUUUUCGCGUUGUUUUAUAAGAGUUCAAACUAUCAAAAGCGAACAUGUUUACGAAAAUGUUUCUGUAGAAAGGUGAUUACGGAUGGCGAUAGACUAAGAAAAUCGAAACAAAGGCCAAGUAAAAAAAAACACACCACCACAUGAAUUUCCCUUGUUGCAAACAAAACACACGCGUCGAUAACAUUUCACAAGUCAAGUUAUUUGUAUGUUUUGAUUUAUAUGUCGUAGCAAUAUGUCUAAAUGAAUGCAAAUAAAAUAUAAAUAUUUUCAUUGUCACGCUCUCCAAAAACUGAGUCAAUUUUUGUAAUAGUGAAACACAAACGAUGCGUCGACACAUCGACUAAGCAAUGAUUGCAAGUGCUCGAAAUAUAAGUGUGUAAUAAUAAAGAAAGUGUUGAGUUUGUUUUUUUAUUUCGUCUCAAUGAUCUUAGUUGUCGUAAUGAGUAUCGUCCUUAGUGUGGUUUAUUUCGUUUAUAAGAAAGAGUGACGAUUAAUUGUAUUUGAUAAAUAAACAAAAUAGUUGUCGACAGUGAAUUGAGCACAGGUUCUGCUACUGUGGAAUAGACAACAUGGAUUCCCAUCAAAAUAGUAGCAUCGUGCAUGUGGGCGAUUACGAGUAUAAUACAAGAGACUUGAUUGGGCACGGAGCCUUUGCCGUUGUUUUUAAAGGCCGUCAACGAAAGCCGCCACAUAAAGUUGUUGCAAUAAAGAGUAUCACCAAGAAGAAUAUCGCAAAAUCUCAAACAUUAUUAACAAAGGAAAUAAAGAUAUUGAAAGAAUUGACCGCAUUACAACAUGAAAACGUUGUCAAGCUAUAUGAUUGUAAAGAGACACCGACAUCCGUGUCGCUCGUCAUGGAGUAUUGCAAUGGAGGUGACUUGGCCGAUUACCUUACUGCGAAGGGCACGCUUAGCGAAGACACAAUUCGACUGUUUUUACGUCAACUCGCUGGAGCAAUGGAGGCACUUCACAACAAGGGAAUUAUACAUCGUGACUUAAAACCGCAAAAUAUUUUAUUAGCUCAUAAUUGUGGCAAAACGUUACCAGCACCGUCAAAAAUUGUUUUGAAAAUUGCCGACUUUGGGUUUGCGCGAUUUUUACAAGAUGGAAAUAUGGCAGCUACACUUUGUGGAUCUCCUAUGUAUAUGGCACCAGAAGUAAUAAUGUCACUUCAUUACGAUAACAAAGCCGAUUUAUGGUCCGUUGGAACAAUUAUUUUCCAAUGUUUAACCGGAAAAGCACCAUUUCAAGCACACACCCCACAGGAGCUUAAAAUGUUCUACGAAAAAACUCCAAAUCUUGCACCAAAGAUUCCAUUGGGAACAUCACCCGAAUUAAGCAAUUUAUUAAUGGGACUGCUAAAAAGAAAUGCCGCCGAUCGCAUAUCGUUUGAAGAUUAUUUCAAUCAUCCGUUUAUGAAUAAAAUUCAAUCGCAAACAACACAACCUCCAAUAGAACAAACAGCGUUCAUGGCUGGCGAAACAUUCACGCCUCCCAAAACACCAAGUCCUAUUCAAAUGAAAACUCUAGUUGCGACCGAAGAUUCCAAUAUAACAAUUGCUGAAAAUGACACACACAGCGAAUCAAGUAGUCCCGAGAAUACAAAUUCGGAUGAUUUUGUUCUAGUUCCAAAUAAUUUGCCCACAGAUGCAACAAUACUAAACUAUGAACGGAACCAAAAUACCAGAGUACAGACAACAGUGCAACAAUCACCGGAUAAUGCAAAAAGAAUUUCGCCCACAUGGACUACAGCCGAUGCACAGUCUAGACCUAGCAGUUUGAAAAUAUCCGAACCGAAACCGGUGCCAUUACCAUCAAGUGUGCGACGUGCAAUCAAGCCGGCAUCAUCGUUGCCACAAAAGAGUAGUUCGAAUGCAAUACCACGUUCGCAACCGAUUAGCAUGAAACGUUCCGAUCAACGUAAUAGCAACGAUCCAAAUAAUGUGAAUAGUGCAGCGGCAACAGCACCAUCAGCCAUAAACAUUAGCUCAAUAUCACCGCCAGCCGUUCAGUUUGCCAUUGGUUCACCACCACCAUUGGGCAGUCGUCGGUCAGCAUCUGGCGGCUCAUUGUCUGAAUCACCUCCGGUUGCACCAUACCUAUGGCAAAUUAGUCCAACCACACAACAAUCGCCACCAAUCAGACAAUCAUCAUCUACGCAGCUAUUGCAACAAGGUGAAAUAUCUCGACAUUUAGCUAGUGAGGCCUUAGCAGAUCAUGCUUUUCAAUGUGCCACAGGCAUGUGGAAUGUUCCGUGCACGUUCAAUGCACCAGAUUUACCAGUUGAAACUCUCCUAGAUCGUACUCAUAACGAAACAUUGGCUAAAUUGAACUUUGUCAUUGCGCUUUGUGAUUGCAUUGUUGAAGUGGCCGAUGCUAAAUGCGCACCACUUUCAGCACUCAUGUCAGCUGAAGCGGCUCCGAUUGCUCCACAUGCACCCGAAAAUUGCAAACGGUCCGAACGUUUAGUUUUAUUAGUAAGAGCACUGCAAUUGUUAUCAUCUGGUUUGAAUUUAGCCAUUAAACAAAUAACUGAUGGUAAUCUAAAGCCUUCCGACAAUGUGAAGAAUGUAAUCACAUCAAUGAACUCAAAGUAUAAAAUGAUUUUAAUGGAAUCGAAAAAAUUGAAUGGAUCUGGUUUGCUGCAAAAAGCGAGUGCGAACAAUAUCACCGCCGAUAAAAUUCUUUAUGAAUAUGCGAUUCAAAUGUGUCAAUCAGCUGCGUUAGAUGAAUUGUUUGGCAAGCCUGGCGUUUGCUUUCCACGAUAUCAGACGGCGCAAAUUCUUUUCCAUUCAUUGGCUCAACAAACAGAUCAUCCGCAAGAUAAAAACAUUUUAGGAAAAUAUAAAGAGGCAGUCGAAAAGCGUUUGUUUGUCUUACAAAAACAAGGGCACAACAUUUACACCAAAACGAAUGAUUUUUUCACGUAAAAACCAACAAAUCGAAACAAAUUUUUCAGCGAAUGAGAAAAGUACGCAGAGUGAGCGCACUCAGACUAAACAACACGGAUAUAUUCCAUACCCCCAUAUAUUUAUAUGAAUGAAAAGAAAAAUAAAAUACAUUUAAUAGUGGGUUGUAUGCAUGCAAAUGCGCCAACCACGUUAACAUUAUUUAAUGAUUAUUCUAUGUAAUACACACUCUAGUAAAAAAAAAUCAUAUUGUAUAUGCUUAAAAGCGCGGAUGCGCUCGCGCAAUUGUUAAUAUGUCUGUAUCAUCAGUCAAAUGCAACUAUUUCGGCUAUUCAAACCAAAAGCAUAUAAUUAUAUGUUUUAUUUCGCUUCAUUAAUUCUCAAUCAAAUGAUUUGGCUCUAAAUUUAGAAAUUUACACGUGAAUUACAUAGAAUCAAAUUGCAUCUAAUUAUCAAAGAAAUCAUUUUUUUAAAUUAUUUUUUGCAACAAAGAAAUGUAAAUGAAAGUAAUAAAUAAAAUUAUAUCGACACCGAAACAUUUAA